AUGGAUGGAUUUGAGCAGCACUGUGGGUGUAGAGCUUACUGGACCUGAUGAGAGAUGGAAGGGAUGUGGUAAAUCGUGGAGAGAGUCCUGCCAAGGAUGACUCUGGUUUCUGUGGAACUGGAAAGAACUGGAAGAGGCAUUUUUGGGGGUAGUGGUAGAAAAUCCAAGAUUCAGUUUUGAACAUGUUAAAUCUGAGCUAUCUGAUACACUGGAAUUAGGGUGUUGAGCUCCAGUUUCACUUAGGUCUGAAGCUCCUAACAGGUCUAUCUAGGCCGUGGUUAAAAUUUGGACGUCAUCAGCAGUUUGUUGAUUGUAUCCGAGUGUGGGAAUGAAUGGCUCCUCUGAAGGAGAGCAUGGAGAGCAGGAAGGGAACCCCUGCCUCACUUCUGCGAAGCCAGCCCUCAUCUCUCAAGUGUCACAUACUCUCUUGGAAGCCUGCUCUCCACUGUGGCUUGAAUCCACGGGGUAUUGAUCAUCCUGCCCGUGCCGAAGGUAUUAAACUACAGAUUGAAGGUGAAGGUGUUGAAUCUCAAUCCAUUAAAAACAAAAAUUUUCAGAAGGUGCUUGACCAAAAAGGAACCCCCAAGCGACUGCCAGCAGAAGCUGAGACUGCUAAGUCGGCUACAGUGAAGCUGUCAAAACCAGUGGCUCUGUGGACUCAGCAGGAUGUCUGCAAGUGGUUGAAGAAACAUUGUCCGAAUCAGUAUCAGAUCUACAGUGAGUCAUUCAAACAGCAUGACAUAACUGGGCGAGCCCUGCUGAGACUCACUGACAAAAAGCUUGAGCGAAUGGGGAUUGCCCAGGAAAACCUCCGGCAGCACAUCUUACAACAGGUGCUCCAGCUGAAGGUGCGAGAAGAAGUCAGAAACCUACAGUUACUCACACAAGACUCCUGGUCCACCACCCUGGAUUCCUAGUUUCAUGGAGCAGAAGAACUCUGCUGGCUUAUGACACAUCGCCUCAGGGCCUCAACCGAGGGUUCUCCAUAAACGUGGUUAGCCUUCCAAGCUGCUGUCCUGCCAGUUGAUAUGAACAUGGCCUGUUCCUCACAGAAAGACUAACUCAUGGCACCUGCCAGAAGAUAUCCAUGGAGCAUUGACAGAUUAACCAGAUUAACUGAAAAAAAAAACACCCAUUCAGUCAAGAUUAUGGGCUUUGGAAAAUCUUAGUUUGCUGUGGAUUUUUAAAUGAGGUGCAUAAGAUACAGUGCCAACUUGUUCCAAGUGGUCAUUGGCAGACCAUUAGCUGGAAAAUUGCUUCCAGUUUUCAUCACUGUGCAUAACUCAAGCUCCCUUUGGGGGCUGUCUGUGCCCUUCACUAGAAGUCCUAUUUUAGCAUGGCAACUACUGGAUUAUUUUAUUAUGUGUGCAGAUGGCAUGAUAUGUUAGAAAAAAAAUCACAGCAGUUCUGCAAUGUCAGUGGAAGUGUUCACGAUACUCUGCCCUGGUAGGAAUGUAAACACGUCUUGGUUAUGUUAGUUAUGACGUCUAAAGGUAUUCUGUCCAACUCUUAAGCACUUUAUAUGAGAAAACUACGCCAAAACGAAUCAGCACGUUCUGUACCUAUGGGAAAACAAGUAUCCUCUCUCUCUCUUUUUUUUUUUUUAUAAACCCUGUCCUCUUUCUGGCUCAGACUGUCCAAGACAAAUUCCACCCCUAGCAUAUGGCAGUCAUUUGUGGUAGAUUGGUGUAUAUAUGGCCACAAUACUGUUAGGCUUAACCUGUUGACACUUUAGUGAACCAAUUGGAUUUCUUGUAGCUCUAGAGGGAAGGAGAAGGGGGCUGGUGGUUGAAACAUCUUAGUUCUUGGUUCCUGGUACCCAGGCACAACUUAGCACAUGCACAUACAGAUAAACACAGGGAGGUUGUAUGUGGCCAGUGUAUAUAUUCUGUCCUAUAGAAGAAUGUUUUCAAGAACAAAAGGAGACGGCCAUUUAAUCAAAGACCAUGGUGGGUUGAGGGUAAGGGUGGCAGAAUGCCGUUUUCCUGUGUGGUCUGACUUUACAACUUGAGAAGACUUUCUAGGUCAAGUUUAAAUCACAGCUCUCUGAAGAGGAAAAACAGCAAGUGUCCCCCUGUGUGCCCAAAGAAGGAAAAGGACCCAAUCCACACUAGGUUCCUACCUCAGUAGAGAACCUACUAGUCCCUUUUUAAUCCUUUCUGGGAUUAUAUCCACAAUUAAUUCUUUUUUUUACGAUGUCUUACAACAAAGCACACUAUUGCUUGUCUUUGGGCAUUAGAGAAAUGUCCACAUUGACUGACCUUACGUAAUGCUUUUGCUUUCUUUCCCCUGAAAAUAUAAACUUGGCUGAAUCAAAAAUUCAGCAAAUAUGUUCUGUGUACCCACAAUCCCAAUCUGGGACUGAUAGGCACUGGAGGCUUUUCUUUAAAUAUAUAUAACAACUCUGGGACCCUGCCAGCACAAGGAAGUUUGGCAUCUUAGGGGGUCUCCAUACAUGGUCUGCUCUCCCCCGGGGGCCUCAGGAAAUGCACAGCACUUUGGAAAACGCUCCCCCUCCCCACUGAGAUUUGGAAAGCUGACAGGGGAAGGGAAAGAGAGCCAAAUGUGAUUUGGGUGAGUCACCUCAUAGGAUGACUCACCCCAACCUGUCAGGCUGUAUUGCCAAAGAAGGGGGCUUCCAAGAGGGAACUCAGAGGGAUUUCAGUCACCAACAAGUUCUGGCCUCUCGAUGGGUCAGCCCAGGACCACCAGGCCCUCACAGACCCUAAUUCUUCACAAAUCCAGAAUUACGAGGCCAAACCCUGUUGCCAAUGCCCCUGGGGAGAACAUUCCAAUCUCUACUGCCCACCUCUUGAAUUUCACUUCCAACAGCAGGGCUUCCUUCUUCUUUCCUUUAUCCAGCACACGUUUGUUGAGCACCUACUGUGUGCCAAACAUCGUGCUGGGGUAACAACAGGGUACAAGGCCGGCUCCCCAUGUCCUUCUGAGACAAUAUCUCCUCCUCCCAAACCCUGUCCCUGUCCCAGCUUUUCCACAAUGAAAACAGUAUUCAAGCAGCAUUCACCUCCUGCCAGAGGGACCUCAGAAAAUGCACAUGGCAGCAGGCAGUUCCCUUGCCUGAGGAAGUAGACAGUGGAAGAAGAGGUAGUGGACAGCAUCGGGACACAUAUUUGGAUCCUUGUGCACAGCCUGCCCUUCCAGCGCCCGGACUUUGCUGGUUAGGGCUUCCCCCAAGCAGCUUUUAAUUCCUUUCCUUGAUAGUCACCCUGGUCAUCUGUAUUCCCAUCCUUUACGUAGGCACAACCGUGCAUCGUUAUGCUGGAUUCUCUAAAGCUCCAAUUCUAAACUUAGUCUUGGGGACACAGAAGAGGACCUGCUGAAUCCAAAAGAACUACCAGCUGCUGAAAUAGUGUAGCUGGGAAUUUGUUGGUUCACUAAUUGAGGGUCGUUCGGAGUCGACCCUUUAGUUGUUACAGGUAACAACCUUGGAAAACUGGACAUACUUUAUGGUGCAGGUGGUCAUCCAGUGAUGCUGGUUCAUCCUUGCUUUGGCUUUUGCAAAAUGUGUUCUGAACAAUUAAAUAAGUAGAGUUUCCUAGUUUUUUUUUUUUUCAGUCAGAAGUGUGCUGACAAAUUUUUAAAAGGUGAUGGCUAAGGGUGGAGAUGGGAAAAGGCAAAGCUGAAGUCAAUGAAAGAACCCAGUUGAAAAUGGCUUCUCUAUAAAUGCCUUAAUUCCUGGUGUAUCACAUAUUUGCGUAGUAACUGUGACUGUUUUCCAAACUGUCAGCCUCAUUUUGCAGUCUUUGGCGGGGAAAGUUUUGGAAACAUGGAGGCAUAAAAUCUGAGCAGUCACUUGCUAAACCAGCAAAAUGGAGAACCGACUUCAUUCACAGCCUUUAGGUUCUUUGUUCCGUGUUAAGCCACGAUUUCUGGCUGUUACUUCCUCCUGUGCUGUACCUUAUUCCCAAGAUGUAUGUUGGAGAUUUUACCUCCCAGAAGUUCAGGAAUGGCUGUGGGGAGUUUUGUUUAGUAGGCAGCGGGAGACCAGGAGGUAAGGGAUAAAUAUUUUGAUGUCUAAGGGCUAUAAACUGUUGAUGCUUAACUUUUCCUUUUACUUAAACCUGUGCGACACCUUUUAUUGAAAGGCUGACACCCACACUUGAGCAAGAAAGACACUCUUGGGAAGGAACAGAAAUGAAUAAUUAUCAGACUCUCUGGGGGUGCCAAGGGGAUUAGCUUGUACCAGCUUGAGAACUGAAUUUGAGAUGCAGAGCAUCGGUGGUUCUGCUAGGGUGAAAAGCAAAUCACUUCUGUAGUUUAAGACGUACCUAGGGGACAGAGAUCCCUACAAACUUCCCUAUGGAUGAUGGCCACCUGCAGACCCCUGCACGGGUUCUGUGAGCUGUGUCACUGCACACUGGGCUUCUACCUCCAGAAUGGGGGAAGCAGCCCUGAGUUGUCUCCAAAGUCACUUCUCGGUUGCUCAGAGGUUAACGGUCCUUAGUUCUGAGGGAAUUUUGCCAUUUUUAACACUCAAGGGGAAAAGGAGUAUCAACCUUACUGAAAAUAUAACCUAAGGAUAGAAACCUCCAAUGGAUUUACCCCAGUGUUACUUGCAAAUGCUUUCUUUGUCUGCAAAUGUCGCCUGAUUGAUUUUGAAUGGGAACUACAAAAGUCUCUCUGAAGAAAAGUUUAGAAGACCCCCUUUACCCAAACCUCCUCUCCCCGGUGCAUUAGCAGCUUUAUUCUUGGUGAUGUUUUCCUCUACAAUCUUUAGAGUAAUUUUGUUGCUUGACAACUAGACUUAAGACUGCCGUAGACUCUUUUUAAAAAUCUAAUCUUUGAAAAUGACAUAAAUUCUUUUAUGCCUUAAAGGCUGUUUUUAUUCACCUCUCCCACAACCCCCUCCACCUCACUUUCUUGCUUUGUUGUUUUUUUUUUUUUUUAAUCUCUUCUUUUAACAAAAUUUCUUGGGUAGAUUUUGAGUAUUCUCUAAAGAACACAAACAGAAAACCUUAACCGUCCCCCUUUUCCCCAGUACUGACUAAUAAUUCCUUCUUAUGCUUGAUCUUGGUGAAGUCUUGCUGCCCGAACAGCAGUGGAUGUGAAUUCACAUCUCCAGGGAGUGACUGGUCAAAGCUGCUAAUCAAAACUGAACCCGUGAGAUUAUGAGCAAGGACAGACCAGGAGAUGCUUCUGCUCGGGGCACAGCUGGGGACUCUAUUUCAAAGACAAACAGGUCCUGCUCCUUUGUUUUUUUAGAUCUGCAUCUAAUCCUGUGGCCAGAGAACUGUCUUAUGAAUUCUGCUUUGUCAAUGUGCACGAUUUCUGGCACCACUGCAUAGCUUCCAGGUCAAACAGGACCACAUUUCCAUUCUUUUGCUCUGGUGACUUACUCUAGUGGGGAGACAAGGAACAUUCUUUUGAAAGCUGACCACCUGUGGGAAGCUUGAGGAAGAGUUGGCCAUGUGCACAGGGAGGUUCCGCUGCACCUUAAUAAAAAGAACAAAAUAGAUCCUUCCCUGGAGAUUCUCAUGUGGGCACGUGGCCGGAGGGAUAAUAUCAAAACUGGUUUUCUUCUGGCCAUUAUCUUGGCCCUGCAGGGAAAAUUCCGGGCUAGAGUGCAGGUGGGAGGGGCACCAUUUCUAAGAUCUAAAAAUUUUAGGAUGAAAUUCACCUCUAAGAUAAAUGUAAAGGAGGAAGUGCCAGUGAGUAUGGGACCAGUUUUAGACCUCUUGCCCAACAGCACCAAGACGGACAGAUGACUUCCACAGAGCAGCAGAAAAUGGGUGUAGAAGGCUUUGUAAGCUGGGAGUUUCAUGCACCAUGUAGGGCUAUUUUACAAUCUUGAAGAGCCCCAAGCACUCUUACUUCAGAGUCUCCCUUCUCCAGUUACAUCAAACACCAAAAAGCACCAACAACAUGCACCUAAUAAAAUUUCAAAGUUACCAUAUGACUUGCACAGAAUUGCAGUUGACUGGUUGACAUAACAUUAAGUGUUGUAGAUACAUUCUUUGUAAUUAUACGAUAUUCUUUUCAUAUUUUGGAGCCAAUGGUUGAGGGGUUUCAUUUAUUUAACGGCUUGUUUUGUUGCUGUUGUUAUUUCCAAACCUCAAACAUUUACGGAAGCCUUAGGCUCUUAAACCCAGGCCUUUAGGCCUCAAGUGCAGAGUGAUAGAAACAGCCCUGCUGACGUGAAUGAUAAGAAGAAUGUUACAUUAAUCCAGUUGGAGAUACUAAUACGUAAAACAAUGAAGACACUGAAGACGCUGCUGGUUGCUUUCUGCAUCGUUAUAAUCUUUUAAAUUUCAAUAAUUUGGAUCAAAGGAAACAAACAGGGUGUUUACGCAUGGCUUUGCCCUAUGAGCACACACACAGCUAUCAAAUGUGCAAUUCUAAGCUGAGUUGAUAAGAGCACACAGCUCUGUUUUAUGUGACUCUAUUUAAAUACAACCCUCCCCAAAUUCGAUAACAAUGUAUUCAAGAGUUCUCUUUAAAAAAAAAAAAAUCUGAAACAAGAGAUUCUCAUUAGAUCAUUAUUUCUCCUGCGGUUGGGGGAGUGAUUUUGUGACCUGACUUUGAAGAAAUACUUACGCUUGCCAUUAAAUACAAGUGUCUGGUCGUUGCUCUGUUCCACAAACUGAUGGUGGCCACCUCCCAUUCCACAGAGGAAGUUGGCUGGCCUCCCCCUAAAAUAGCACAAGUAUCAUGAAGAUACCUUUUGAAGCUCUGGUUAGUCCCCCUAUUCAUGCAUGAUUCCAAGAAUAUGAUUUGGAUUGAGCAGCGUCCUGGUCUUUGAUUAUGUCACCCCUAAAUCAAUUUGAAUUAUAUAUUCAAUUAUAUAUUAUAUGUAUUAUAAUAUAUAAUAUAUAUAAUUUCCAAGAUUUUUUUAUUGACCACCAUC